AUGUCAUCAUCUAUUGUAGAUUCACCAAACUUUAAUUUGGUAGAUGCAUGUAAAUUUGGACAACUCAGAGAAUGUAUUGCAUACGUUGAAAAGAUGCGUUUGCAGAACCCUAAUUUGGAGAUUGGACCAUUGAUUAAUGUGACCGAUGAAAAUGGUAACACCCCGCUGCACUGGGCGGCCUACAAGAAGCACCACGAUAUUGUAAAGUACUUGUUGUCGAUGGGUGCCAACCCCAACUUGGCCAACUCGGACGAGUCGCAGACACCCCUACACUGGGCAUGCAUCGGCGGCGACGCCUAUGUUGUCAAGACUAUGGUCAACAGCGGUGGCGACCCACUGCAAGUCGAUAAACGUGGCUACAACUCGCUAGUGCAUUCGACACAGUACGACGAGAUCAACAUCACACGAUACCUCGUGGAACGUGUGUGCGUUCCUGUCAGUUCGUCGGACCAUCUAGGACAAACAGCGCUUCAUUGGGCGUCCUAUCAGGGACAUGUCCACAUCCUCCUCUAUCUCGUCAACAAGGGUGCCGACAUCUACGCAGUCGACUCGUAUGGUCGCAAUCCACUUCACUGGGCGGCCUACAAGGGUCACAACGAUGCCGCCAAGGCCCUCUGCGACUUUGGAUCCAAUCUCAACCAAAAAGACAAUGAAGGCAUGACACCAACCGAGUUGGCUCGUCAACAAAAUCAUAUCUAUCUCUCUCGUAACCUACAAAUCUAUCCUUUUCAUCCAUUCCGUAAAAUGGGUGCUCUUCAAUAUAAUAUAUUAUGGGUAUUAACAUCAAUUGCUAUUUAUUGUAGUUUUGCAUUCUCAUUGUAUUACUUUAGAUUUAUUUUAUCGAUACUUGCAUUUGGCAUUGUUGUUGGCUUUUGUAAAUUAAUCGUCGAACCAAUUGUACUACCAUAUACUCGUAACCCAUUACUUCCCACUUGGAUGUUAAGUUCUUUUACAACUUGGCUCAUAUUUUAUUUAAAGUAUAUUAUGCAAGCUUUUCCAAAUGCAAUUUUCACUCAUACCAUAACAAUAUGUUGUUUACUUUCAUAUUAUUACUAUGCUUUUAAAUGCUUUUUCUCUGAUCCUGGAUCUAUUUCUCCUUCAUCUGCCAAUCAAGAUGCCAAAGAUUUUAUUUCAUCUGUUGAAAAUGAAACCAAAUUACCAGAUGUUUGUUCAACUUAUUUAUCAUUGGAUGAAGAAUCACCAUCUAUUAGUUCAUUUGGAUCAUGGAUUAGUUACCAUUACGAUAUUAACAAGGGAUUACUUAUUUAUAUGAUCUAUGAAACAAUUAUUAUGGGAUGGAUUGGUAAUUUAUUGUACACCCAAGUCAGAGGUGUUUUAACCAAUAUUACCAUGUUUGAAUAUAUGCGUCCAGAAGGUGGAGGUAAAUGCAAACAUGCACAUGGUCAACAAGAUGGAGCAAAUAACAACAACAACAACGGUACUAAUAGCAAUAGUCAAUCAGGUGAUCAUGGCCAUUCACACGGUGGUAAUACCAAACGUAUAAACAAAUAUGACAGAGGUUCAUAUCGUGAAAAUGUUCGUGAAUUCCUUUAUGAAAGUAGUAAAUGGUUUAGAUACUAUAAUCAUAAAGUAAUUGAUUUCUAA